AAAAGAUCCUGCCUCUCUUUAAGGUGGUGCAGUCAUCAUUUUGUUAUUUCAUGCGGGAGUCGUGUCUGCACUGAGUCGACAUGGGAGCCAAACUGUCGACCAAACGAAAGAAGAAGAGGCAACAACAACAAUGGCAACAACAACAACUGCAACUAUUCCAACAGCUGGAACAACUGCAACAGUUGCAAGAGUUGGAACAACUGCAACAGUUGCAACAAUUCCAACAGUUCGAACAACUGCAACAGUUGCAACAACCGAGACAAUUUAUUGAAGCGACUUUGUCCUACUAUGAGGAUUUUUACGGGAGCUCAUAUGGGAUAUAUGACGCAUACGACGCGCACAACGCAAAUGGAGAGAAGUGUUACGACCCGCUGGACCAGACGCUGACCUUUGUAGACGGAGAAGAUGAUUUAGACUUUGAGUGCAACGACUACAAGUCUCUCAGGGCCAAGAUGUCCUGCGGCCACGCCGUCACUCCCAUGUCUCUCACCAGCUGGUGCCGCAGGUUGUUGGAUGAGGGUGAGUGCAAAUUUGUUUGUGGCCAAACCAACUGUGAUGUUCAGUGGUCCUUCGACGAAGUCUGUAAGAUGGCUCUUCUGACCCCCCAAGAGAAGGACCACUUUGAAAAGAAGCUGUUCAGCAACGCUGCAAAGAGGCACUUGAACAUUAAAACAUGUCCUGGUUGCAAGUCCCAAGUUUGGAGGACUGACCUCACCAAUCUGAAUGUGGAGUGCACAGUGUGCUCAGCCGCCAAGAACAAGACUUACAGAUUCUGCUGGCAGUGUCUGAAUGAAUGGAAAGGCCCGGCUCCACGUUCAGACCGCUGUGACAACCGUGACUGCCAAAGCCCCCUGCACAUAUUGAAGAGCUGUCCGGCUGUCGUCUUCAAUGAUGUGAAGGGGGUCCGAGGCUGUCCCUCCAUCCGUGCCUGCCCCGACUGCGGUUUGCUGGUGGAACAUAACAAAAACCAGUGUAAAAGCAUGACCUGUCCCCGCUGUAAGCUCAAGUUCUGCUUUGUGUGCCUGGAGGUCACUGAUCGGUGCCUGAGGCAAUACCCAUACGAUCCCUGCCCCGGCGGUGUAGCACCUAGACAAACGUCCAUACCUGUUUGGAAGACAUGAUGCUGUCGAAUUUCUUCUGUUUGUUUUUCUUUUUUAGCAUUUGUUUUGUGAUUUUUUUUUUAACAAUUUGGACCAGCAUGAGCAUGACUUCCUUCUCUCUCUACAGCUGAAACAUUUAAAAAAUCAAUUUCUCCUUCACAAUCUAAAUUACGAUUCUUAACACGACUCGAUACUCUUUGCACGUGAAGGUGUUUGUUCUGUUUUUGUAAUAAACCUUCUGCUGGAACGUCA